UCAGCAAAUCCACAAUGAGGACAGCCUCUAUUAUCUCCACCAUCUUCGUCCUGGCAGCCUGCCUUCUGAGAAGCAGCGAUGCGGUGACCUGCACCGCCGACCCCACUGUCGUAGGAUGCAUCAACUGCACCACCAAUCCCACCAACGCAGAGUGCGUGGCCGAGGCAGCCGCUGCCGUCACCACCAGCACAACCACAGUGGCUCCAACAACGACUAGGAGCACCACCACGACCACCAGGGCUACACCCACCUCCUCGGGCGGAAACCGGAAGACCGUGCGCAUAAGCGACCUAAACUACUCCGUCAACCGUCGCAUCCGCCUCAACAGCACCACAUCCCGAUCCACCAAUCGCAAUCGCAGGACCAACGGAAGACGCACCACCAACAGGAACUCCAACCGCAGGAAUAACAAUGCCAGGCGGGGAAACUCCAGAAAUAAACGGGGAAACGUUCGUGUAUAUGUUGGUUAAAUUUUUUAAAUGACUGUCAAUCAAUUCAAUAAAAA